UGUAAAUAUUUAAUUAUCCAAUUACUUAUUUUAGUCUAAAAUCUUAAUACAAAAGUGCUCAAAAUUGCCAACUGAGUGCAUAAUAUAUCUAUAGUCUAAUAGUCUUGCACAUUACAUGUGUUAAAAUGUAUUUAUCGUCCGUUAGUUCUCGUUUGUUACUCAACGAUGUGAAUACAUGGGAUUUGAAGAAAUCCUACGGCUGCUAUGAGGGUAUUAUUAGAGAUGCUUCUUGGAGUGAUGAUAGCAAAUAUAUUUUACAGGUGAAUUCCACUGGCCAGGUGGAUAUAUUGAGCCCAGCAGACCAUGAUAUAAAAAGUGUUCUGCAAAUACCUCUUGACACCUGGUCGGCAUGUUUCCAUCGCGACGGUUUCAGGAAUAUUGCCAUUGGCACAAAAAGCGGCAAAGUCAUGAUUUGGGACACCAAAACUAAAUCUAUAACAAAGACACUUCAAACUCCCGCUAGGAGGUCGAGCAUAGCAUUCCUUAGCUAUAACACAAAGAAUACGAACCUAGCAGCAACAAUGCAGAGCGGCGAGACCAUUAUAUACAGUUUGGUCUCUAAUAUUCCAAUUUUAACAAUAAAGCUGUCUGGUACUGAAAGUAUUGCCGGAAUGAAGUUCCAUCAUGAGUCCAGGUCUCUUCUCGGUCUAGCCACCGAUGAAGGCCACAUCAUACUCAGAGAUGUAACAACAAAUAAAGACAAAGCUAUAUUUGAAAACGUACAUGCAUCACCUGUGAGCGACUUCACUUAUUCCCUUGUAAAUAAAGAUGUAAUGCUAUCGAGUGGCUUGGACAAAAUUAUGAAUGUUUAUGAUAUAAGAAUGCAAAAUGUAGUAUCAUCAACGCGUACAUCAUACACUCUAACUUCAAUAGCCAUUAAUGUCAAUAAUCAAGUUGCUAUAGGCUCAAGAAAUGGUCAUGUGCUCCUUUAUGAUUUGAGGGACUUGACAUGUCCUUUCAAAAUAUUAAGGGACCACACUGAAGAAGUAAGCAAGGUAGCCUUUCAACCGGCAAGAAGAAAAACUGCUUCCACAGAGCUGAGCCUGAGAGAAGAUGUUGAUGUAACUUCAUCAUUGAAAGUGCACUCUCCUGCAAGCGGAAGGACAUCAGAUAAUAUGUUUUUUGUCAAUGAUACUCCUCCAAAGCAUGAAGUAUCCGGGGUUGGUGAUAAUAAGGAGGACUCCUUCCUUGUGAUGCUCGGUCUCGACAAAUCAAACAUUGAUAAUGAUGAUGAUAUCAACAGAUCACUGAAUUUUGAAACAAAAAGCCACGAAAUGAGAUACCGUCAGUUGGAUACUGAGAAAAAUAUAAGCAAAGUAUCCACUCCACUGACUACAAGCAGGAAGACAGAUUUUGGAUUUCCAUCUCCAAUUUGUAUAUCAAAUGGUGAAGAUAAGAGAGGCUCAACUUGCAGUUUAUCAAAUAAUAUAAAACGAUCAAGUUCAAAUGUACAGAUCACCAACAAUAUUGAUUCUAAAUGUGUUGAUGAAUUAAAGGAUUUUAUUAACUUAACUCUGUCGUAUGUUGCUGAUGAUAAUAGGAACAAUUUUCUACAUAUCAUGAUGGCUUUGACUAAACAAAAGUUAUAUUUGGAAAAACAGUUGAAUAAUGUAAACCAACAGAUGCAGCAUUUGGUUCAAAAUCAAAAUGAUUUGGUUGAGGCAAACAGACAGUUAUCCUUGCAAGUUGAACAGUUAAAAUCACAACACAAUAUGUUUUAAGUUUAAUAAUCAAUAAGUAUUUUAAAUUAUUUAAGUAUCCAAUAAUGUUUUACUGGGUCUUUGAAACUCUUUAAAAAUACUUGCUUCGAGUACUAGAAUAAUAAAACAAAAAGACAGACAUUUUUUUUUUGCAUUAAAAUGAAUUUCAUGUUGAAUUAUAUUAUUAUUUGUAAAUUGUACUUGCAAUUAUUUUUAUCUUGCAAAAUCUCAGUAAAUGUUCAAUAUUAUUAAGUAUACAAUAUUA